AGGUAGGGCUCCGCUUCGUUUUGUCAAGUUAAAGUUAGCCACUAGCAAAACUAUGCCGAGGAUCACUGGGGUCAUCGUGGUUGUAAUCCUCUAUGGUCUGGUUGUUAUUAACGGCGUGCCACUAAAACCAUGCGAUGACGCUGUAGAAUGGGUGCCGGACCUUGACGACUGUAGUGUGUACUAUCUCUGUGCUGAAGGGACAGCACACAAAAUGACCUGUACGGAUGGAUUCUCAUUUCAACCAGAUCACCGUGUUUGCGUUCCACAAGGAAGUGACUAUGACACAUGUAAGCCAAGUCCAUGCAGCGGUAAGACAGGGAAAAUUCCUCAUCCUGACAGCUGUGCUAUGUUCUAUGACUGCGAUACUGCCACUCGAAUUGACCAUACUUGGGAGCCCAGAUUAAGAGAAUGCACCAGUCCUAAUCUGUACAACACGGAAACAAAUCGCUGUGAGGGCUACCAACGGGUGGAUUGUGGAGAUCGGAAGGAACCAAAAAGCGCAUGUGGAUAUUACGCUAACCAGUGUCGUGUUGCCCACUGCAUUCCCUGUGUUUAUCGAUAUGCUUCUUGUGAGGGGCUGAGAAACGGACUUCAUGCAUGGCCCGGACGGGAAGGCUCACCUCAUUACAUCGGCUGCAGGCAGGAACGGGUUCUCUACCAGAGGGAAUGCCCAAGAGAUGAAGGUGUGCAAAUAUUUGACAACAAACUGAAACAAUGUGUCCUGGCGAACAGUAAUUUCGUGUAAUGUUUUGCACAAAAAGUGUAAACAAACGCCAUGACAUGGACAGUGAACAAUGCUUCGUGUCUUUAUAAAUAUCGGUAGAUUAUAAUACAUCUCUCAGUAUCUAGUCAUAAAAUUGUCCCUAUAGCUGAUACCUCGAGCCAGGUUUACUUUUUAUGCAACCGGGGUGAUUCUUUUUUGUCUGAUGCUGGGGUAUCAAUUUAUAAAAUCAAACAGUCCUGGUGCCUCUGUGAGUCUCAACUAAAUUAAUAUGUCUGAUUUUGUUAUGUCAAAUACGAGAUUCCUCUGGACAUUUAUUCACAAUUCAUUCCGAACAUUGUUAAUAACUGUUACGUAUUUUCUUACCUUUUAUAUUCUGUCUUUAUUUGAGGGAAAUAUAAAUCAUUUGGUAAUUUCGACCUGAACGAUUGCUGACCGUGUCAAAACCAGGUGACAUUCUGUUCCGGUGACCUUUCACUCAAUACCAGGUGCAAGCAAACGGUAUUAGCGAAAUGUCAACUCUUCCUAGGCGGGCGACAUUAAGUGAAUGUCAGUCUUAUGGAUCCAGGUACGGUGUAUACACCUAUGCAGGCUUUUUAAAUUUUGUGCCCGUUUACGAAAACCUUAAUUCCACAUACGAGGGUAUAACGUUGAUACACUAUGUUGAAAACUAGCACAACUUUGGGUUUUUCUUCCUACCUGUUUGACGUUUUAUAUUGUUUUUCAUUUUACAAUUUAUUGAUUUAAAAAAGUAGUGUAAUGUAGGACUUUAUUUGUUAUAUUACACCUGUCGUCGAGCUUGAUAAUAAGGCUGUGGCUAAUAUAAGUUCUGUACAAAUGCAUGUUCGUUUGAGUCACGCCAGUCACGGGUUGUACUGUUUUGUCGUCAGGCCUGUCUAUGCGUACGUUCGUUCUUGUUGUCAAAACUUUCUCCUGUUUUAUAUAUUCUUUAACGAGACUAAUAUCAGUGUUACUUAGGCGACACCAGCAUUGUGUAACCUUUGCCGUAGGAUUAAUAUGUCCCUGGUUGAAGUGUGAUACGAAGCGGAAAUGUAUGAGUCAUUUUUCCUUUGAAAGAACAUAAACCCAAACAGGAAACAAUCUUUUAUGUAAUAUAUUUCGUAAUAAGUUCGUAUAGAUAUACAUUAGAAGCUACAUUGUAUAACCAUAUCGUUAGUUAUCCACGAAAAAUAACCUUACACAUGAAUACCUGUGUUUAGUUUUUUCUUGUAUAUUUUAAAAAAUGCGAUGGCCAUGAGUUAACGGUAAGUGAUUCUAAUAAUUUGUAUAAUAAUACAAUAGAGAAAUAACUGGCACAUAGAAGCCCAUUACUGUAAGUGUUAAUGUCACAUCUUUUGUGUAAAAGAGGAAGAAUGGCCUAGGCACUAUGUGCCAGACAUGUGCUCCCUAUAGUUGUAAAAAUUGUAUCUGUCUCGCUGUUAAGAUAAAUAAGUACCGGUAUGCAAAGAUUUCUCAUCUGCAAGCUGUGCUACGUGCUGUUGGACAUGAUGUGAUCUUUCUGUAAGGCACAUUGUUAUCACUGGGGACAUUUAUCGGUAUGUAAAUAUUUGUGACGGUUUUGUGGCUUGACCUCUGAGGUGUCUCCUUGUUGUUGGCAGACUGCACCAUCAAAUAACCUUUCACUCACGUUAUCAUGUACUCUGAGACGCAAACAUCUUCCUAUACACUAGAAUGUUCUUUCUCCCCUACCACGCCUCAAUGACUGAUCAGCAUCCUGGAUUGUGCCAUUAGAAUACACAAUGUGACAUCAGAGUACACAAUGUGCCAUUAGAAUACACAAAAUGUGCCAUUAGAAUAUACAAUAUGCUAUUAGAAUACACAACGUACCGUUCGAGCCCACUAUGUGACAUUAGAUUACACAUUUUGAAAUUUUAGUACACACUGUGACAACACAGUACACAAUGUGACAGAACACGCUAUGUUUGUGACCCAGCUGUAAAUCAAUAUCUGUACUACUUGUGGUGUUCAAAGGUUCCACUGUCUGUGUGUCAGAUUAUUGUUUCUCUGUAAAAUAUUCAUAUUUAUAUAUCAAUUUACAUCUGGCUUUAACGUGUGUUGUCAUCUUGCCGUAUACAUUUUACUCAGCUGCAAUAAUUGGUGAUCAUGUUGGCCUUUGUUACACAUUCGCGAUAUUUAUUUUAUUUCAACGGUUGAUGAGUAUAUUUUAUUAUUUUCCUUUGGAAUAUUAGCGUAUACUUUUUUAUUUUUACGAGAAUAGCGCCAAGUAUUAUGGUUUAGCUUAUUUACCUUUUUCACUUGUGGAUUUUGAUUUGAAUACAUGCGUUGUUUAAUCUAUACAUUAAAUUUAAGCAGACAAAUACAUCACCUUUUGCCCUUUUUAUGUUCUCUAAUUUUCUGGUGAGUUGACGCAGUUGAUGUCAGUUAUGUCAGAAAGAACUACAACUGGAAUCGGGUAGGUCUCUACAACCUUGACAUAAACCGCA